GAUUCAAUUCAUUUACUUAACUGCUCAAACCCAGAACCUGGUCUUCCACCAACAUCAACAAACACUCAACCCACCUCAACUUCCCAAACCACCCAGUACUGAGCAAGUACACCAGCCUCACAUUCAACAUGUCUGAUGAGGAUUACGGAUAUUACUCGGAUGGCUAUAACGAGGGCUACGACGAUGGUUACGAUGAUGGUUACGAUGAUGGAUGUGGCGAUGGAUAUGAUGAUGGAUAUGGCGACGGAUACGAUAAUGGCUAUCAAGACCAAGAUUCCCGUUCAGAUGGUGGCUACGAGGAUAAAUGUUCGGAUGGCUAUCAAUAUGAGCGCUCUGAUGGCUACCCAGACAACAGCCAUUCCAGCGGUAGCUACUCGACUGGCGAUACCUACGAACCAAGCAGCCAGGUCAAUCUCCCAGACCAUCCUGCACAAAUCUGUGUUUGAAUACUGACGUAGGACAAGGGCAUCAACCAUGAUAACCACUCUCAAGACCGUGGAAACCAGAACCAAAAUGAAUCAGAUAACCACCCUUACUAUCGCUACUCCGAAGGCUCUACAACCUACAGCGAA